GCAGAGAAGAAGAUUUUUCUUAUAGCUAGCUAAGAAGCUAGUCUGUCUUGGCUCCUCUGGCGGCGGUUUGCUCGCUUGCCAUGUAAAGCAAACACUCGCCAAUGACUUAACCAGCACUUGUUCUUAGAACUUAUACAAAUCCCAAACCCUUUAUAAUAUUUCCUCUUUCUUCUUUCUUAUUCCUCCAAUCUCAUAUCAAACACAACCCAAAAGCCAAAACCUACAUACCCUCUCUGUCUCCCUCUCUGUUUCUUAAAGUUUGUACUUCAUGGCCGGCCUGUGGGAGCCGCAUCCGAACCCAACUCUCAGCAGAACCACUUCAUCGAGUAGUACUAGUAGCUUUGGUGGGUUCUUCAUGGAUCAUCAGAGCAAUACUCACGGCGCUUAUAACUACGUGAUGAUGGAGAAGAUGGAGAAGAGGCAGCUUUUUCUUAGAAGCUACCAGUUCUGCAGGAAGAAGAGUCUGGCCGAGAAGAUUAAAGGGUCUUUGGUUAAAGUGAAAAGGGUCAUAUGCUUGAGGCUGCGUAAUGCUAAAAAGCUUAGGAAAUCGGUUUGCUUCAGAUUCCGGUAUGGAUUUUCUUUCCGGAGAAGAAGAAUAUGCAGACUCUUGAAUUACUACCGCCAUAACAGGAAAUGCGAUAACUCGUAUUGCUUCUGGUAGAACACAACUCCAUGUUAAUUAUUUGCUUUAUUAGUUGUUUCUUCCACGAAAUUUGAUGUUAUUUCCAUGAGUUAAUUAUUAAUAUACAUGAUGGUGAUUUGGUGAUA